AGCAACAGGGGUGAAAAUGGCGUGCCGAACGGUGUUCAUGGCGAUGGCUUGCCUGUUCCUCGAGGGCGCAGAGGCAUGGUCACUCCUGCGAAUCAGCCUGCCGUCAUGGACAGAGCACGGGAGACAAGCAUGCACAGCGGAUGGUCGGCAUCAGGGAUGGGGAAAUCAGCGAUCAGGCAUGAUGCCACUGGGAUCCUGGGCAAGGAGGGGAGGUCGGACGAUUCGGAUGAGCGGAGAUGCAGAGAUCGAGCGAGAAGUCUGGAUGAUCGAGAAGCCUGGUAACCUCAAACAUCUGCAGAAGAAGAAGGACAUGCUUCCUCCUCCUGGCCCUGACGAGGUUCGCGUGCGAGUCUGCGCCAUCGGUCUCAACUUCGCCGACGUCUUCACGGUGCUGGGCAUGUAUGACGCCGCGUCCUCCAAGGAGAACCUUGUCCCUGGUCUAGAGUUCUCUGGUGUGGUAGAGGCUAUCGGUGAUCGCCUGCAGAACCGGAAAUCUGCGAUCGUAUCGAGGUCGCCCGACGGGAAGCGAAAUGUCCUGGUGUCGUCUCCGGAGCCCAGUCAGACGAAGGAGGGGGACGGUCAGAAGAUCAGAGUUGGAGACAGAGUCAUGGGUUUCUCUCGCUUCGGCUCUUUCUCUACGCACCUGAAUGUCGGCUCCUCCUACAUCCGACCUAUCCCCGACGACUGGACGUUUCAACAAGGAGCAUCGUUUGUUGUCCAGGGUUUGACCGCAUGGUACGGGUUGGUUGAGCUUGGACAGGCGCAGGCGGGGAAGCGAGUCUUGAUCCACUCAGCUGCAGGAGGUGUUGGCCUCUUCUGCCUUCAGAUCUGCCGGCUCUUCGACAUGACCCCUGUUGCCAUCGUAGGAUCGGAGGAAAAGUCAGCGCUGCUGGCAGAGACCUACGGGCUCGAGAAGUCGCAGAUUGUAAUCAGGAAGCAGAGCCCGCGGAGGUUCAAGGAGGAUGUGAUUGGAGCUUGUCAGCUUCUGGAUGGGAAGGGGUAUGACGUCAUCAUGGACUCGGUGGCCGGCAAGUACUUCAGCCCUGGCUACGAGAGCUUGAGCCCGCAAGGACGUCACGUUCUCUUCGGGGCUGCUUCUUACACUCCACGUGGUGACCUCGGCAAGGUCUGGUGGUCCCUUGAGUUCUGGAGGAGUAUAGUCCCCAAGUUCCUCUCCCGGCCCAAGUUGGACGUGCAGAAGAUGAUCGGGCAGAACAAGGCUGUCUUAGGAUUCAACCUCAUCUGGUUGACAGACGGCGAGACUGACCCCAAGGUCCUGGGCCUCCUCAUGGACCAGAUGCUUCAGAGGCGCUGGAAUCCUCCGAUGGUCGGGGCGGAGUUCAGGUUUGAUGAGAUGCCGGAGGCCCUUCGCUUCUUCAAGAGCGGUCGGAGCGUGGGCAAAGUUGUGGUCAACGUGAGCGAAGAAUGA